CUACAUAUAACAAAUUAUUAAUUGAAUUAAAUAAUAAGGAAUUGAUUUAAGGAAACCUUUGACAUAUCAUCCUGUACAUCAUAGUUAAACCUCCAGUACACUAUUUAUGAUCACCACUGCUUCUUAUAAUCGUCACUUCAACAAAUCUUUACUUCAAUUCACUUUAUUCGACUUCCAUCGAAUACGUUUAGUUAAAACUGCCGUUGUUUAUUCAUAACUGUUUCAUCCAUUUUUAUUGAAACGGUUUUUCAUUUAGUUACUGUAUAUUGAGACCAUUAAUUACCUUAAGCAAUUUAGCAACGAUUUUAGAAGUCUUCUCAGUGGGAUUAAGUAUUUCCCUUAUCCAUAGCUAUAGCGAUAAUAUAUAGACUUUUGUCUCGCUAUAGAAAGUUACGGUCUUAGCAUGAAGCUACUGUCAUCAUAUAUCUUAAACGUCUUCUUCUUCUUGACUACAUUCGUGCAUAUUGCAACUGCUUUCUCGUUCCAUCAGAAGCCAUUCCAAAUGCAGGCUACUCACGAACCCCGUUUGUUUGAGCUAUUAGCUGGUUCAAGGGAUUGCAACAUAUUUUCCGAUAUUCUUAUGCAAUUUCCCGAGCUUGUUGAAAGACUACAAAGUAGUAACGAAAAUACUACGCUCUUGGUACCCACGGAUUUAGCAUUCCAAAAUAUGAAGGUAAAGCCAUGGAAGUUGGAUACAUUGGAAGCCAAGUUCGAAAUGCCUUCUGAGCCAGUUCAUAUUACUGAAGAUCAAGCUCAGGGAAAUUUACAUCGUUUCAUUAAAUCCCAUUUCAUCUCCGCCAGUCCUUCUCAUGGUAAUGGAGAAUAUAAGUCACUUAGUGGAUCAACCAUAAAUGUUAUUAAACAAAAAGAUAAUCUAUACCUAGAUGAUUCAGUACAAGUGCUUUCUAUCAAAUUAGCAAGCAAUGGUGAAAUGUGGAUUCUAAAUAAUACUUUAUCUGCACCAGGUGUUCGAAAGCAAGUAUAAGAAACUACCAAUACUUCCUAACCCGAGGUUGAGAAGCAUUCCAUGUGCAAAAAAGGGAUCUGAAAGUCGCAUCCAUAAGCCAAUUAUCACUGAUCCAGCAGCGCUUGCAACUAUUAAGGAGACAACCCACAUAUUUAAUCCAUAUACUGGCACGAUCAAUAAAUCUUCACCUCCCUGAAUUUUCUUCUGAUGGUAGCGUUCAUACACUGACCGGCAUCCUGGAUGAGUGUCAAUUUUUCGAACUACUACCUCCUUUCGCAUUACUUUUUCGCUCAGAGGAUUCCACCAAUGUUUGGGACGUAAUACAUAGUCAUAUUCUGGACCAAAUGAAAUACCUCGUAACAAAUAAAAAAUGGAGGGACGGUUGUCGCUGCUGAAAUGUUGAGCAUACGCUUCUAUUGUGUGAUUGUCAUCUUCGUCAGUAAUGUUUAGCCUCCAUUUGCCGUACUGCUUGUGGUAUAAGCAAAUGCUCACAGAAUUGUUUGCAGAUUCUGAUGCGAAACCCCCUUGUCUGUUUGGAAAAACUGGAUCUGGUUUUGUUGAAACAACUGAUUCAGUAGGGGAUACGCCGUCGGAUGGCGAUACGAUCGUUCUAUCCGUGGCUGACUGAGGUGUUAAAGGAGUUUGUACAUGGAAUUCUUGAGUAUAAACUUGUAAGUGUUGUCCUUUCGCACCGCUGGGUUUUUCAAAAGCUUCGCUAUGUAAACUACGAGCAAGCUGGCUGUCAGAAUCGGAAGGAUAAUACUCUGAUUGUCUUUCUUCAUCAUUUUCAUAAAGUCUUGGUUUUUCAGAUACGCGGGAACCUUCUUCUAUUGACGAGUUGCUCGCCAAAGGCUUUUUCGACUGAUUUUCAGUUAAGCCAGGUAGAUCACCUUCGUUGGUCUGCAAAUCGAAGCCAGCAUCAUUCUUUUCUUGUAAUUCGUUACGAGUAUCCUGAUGCUGAACCUGUAAAUCGUCACGACUUUCUUGAUCUAUGUCGGAAUUACUGGCAACCGAUUUGGACAUCUUUAUUAUCUUCGAAAUUUGCAGCCCACGUACCAAAAAAACAGGCUAUCCAAAAAAUAAGAAAAGAAAAGGAAGGUUUUUUCCUACCUUUUUCUUGAAAUGAGGUUGGGUUUUGGCCAAUUCAAAUCCGUGGUAUACUGUAUAUAAACAAAAACAAAAUGUAAACAAAUACUCUUUGUUUACAGACGUUGACGCUACUUUCCAAACCCUAUCUAGGUUUGUUGAUGACUUUGUUUACGUAUCAUUUUUCAUUUAUAUUAUGUUGUUAUGAUUGUUUGCUGGAUUUACAUCGGCUUGUGAAGUAUUAUUUAUUAUGGUAUGCUUCUCUUCCUUCUUAGUUCAUCAAGAUCUCUCAUGUGUUUAUUCUUAUGUGCCGGGUCUCUAAUUAUGUAUUUAUAUUUAUUAUUCGCUCUGUUAUGAAUUCUAUUCUUAUUCCUUGUGAUGUUAAGACACUGUCAUGUAGUGUAGGGUAAAUGUCUAUAAGCAAGAUGUUAUUAAUUUAAAGUCUUGG